AUGUCCGGCUUCGACUUCAACAAGAUUGGCGACAUGGCGCAGGGCUUCCUGAACAGCCAGGGCGGCAACAACAACCAGCGCCGCAACGACAACGACGACGAGGGCUACGGCAACGGUGGCAACCAGGGCUUUGGUGGCAACCAGGGCUAUGGCAACAACGAUAACCAAGGCUACGGCCGCGACGACAACCAAGGCUACGGCAACAACGACGACAACCGGCAGCAGCAGCACCACUCUGGCGGUGGUGGUGGCGGUGGUUUCGACUUUGGCUCGCUCGCCGGCCUCGCCCAGGACUUCAGCUCUGGAAACCACGACAACUCGCUCUUUUCGCAAGCCGCCUCGUUUGUGCAAAACCAGGGCGGCCGUCAGGACGUCGACGAGCAGCAGCUGCUCCAGGACAAUGACGAGGUGCACAACCAGCCCGGCGCCAACUCGUCUGGCCAGAUCGGCAACGCCGCUGCUCUGUCGGCAAUCAAGUCGCUCCUCAGCGGCGGCGGUGGACAGCAGCAGCAACAACAGCAGGGAGGUGGCUUCCAGCAGAAGCUCAUGAGCAUGGCCAUGAGCCACGCCGCCGAUCUGUACGAUCAGAAGGAUGCUCAGGGUCAGGCACAGGGCAGCAAGCAGGACGCCGUCAACUCGGCCGCUCAGAUGGCGAUGGGUCUCGCGAUGAAGAACCCCUCGAUGCUGAUGGGUCUGAUCGGCGGCGGCAACUCAGGUGGGUUGGGUGCCCUGGCUGGCAUGCUCGGCAAGUAA